AUGGUUGUAACAACUAUUAAUCAAGGGAGAAGCAGCAGCUGCGUUGCGUGUACCAGGCGCUGCAUGGAGCAGGGAGCCAGACGGCCCUGUAUCCGCGUGGCCGAGGAUGCGAAAGGGGAGCAGACGGAAAUUCCAUGCGAGGAUGAUGGCACCGUUCUGCUGUCCACUGUAACUGCCCAGUUUCCUGGUGCUUGCAGCCUCCGAUACAGGAAUCCGGUGAAUCGUUGUAUGCGCGGCGUCCGCCUGGUAGAAGAAACUGAUGCUUCUUCUGCUGUAAAAAUCAAGCGAGCUGCGACAAAUACCUCUGAUCUCAUUGUGCUUGGCUUACCAUGGAAAACAACAGAGCAGGAUCUAAAGGACUACUUCAGCGCCUACGGGGAACUCAUUAUGGCCCAGGUUAAAAAAGAUGCCCAAACCGGCCAUUCUAGAGGAUUUGCCUUCAUAAGAUUUACUGAUUAUAAAGCCCAAGUGAAGGUGAUGUCCCUGCGUCACAAGAUAGAUGGAAGAUGGUGCCAUUGUAAGCUGCCUAAUUCCAAGCAAAGCCCGGAUGAACCUAUUUGCAGCCAUAAGGUAUAUGUUGGCCGGUGCACUGAGGAUAUGACAGCGGAGGAGCUUCGCCAUUUCUUCACGCAGUACGGGGAGGUUGUGGAUGUGUUUGUCCCGAAGCAAUUUAGAGCGUUUGCCUUUGUGGCCUUUGCCGAUGACCAGGUUGCCCAGUCUUUGUGUGGAGAAGAUCUGAUUAUCAAAGGAUUCAGUGUUCACGUAUCUGCAGCUAAAGACUAUAGUGAGAGCCCUUUGGAGAGCGGUGACAGAUUCCCAGGACCCAUCUUUGGGAAUUGGGGAUAUCCUAAUAACAGGCCAAACAAUAGUGGCCUUGCGCACAACCAAUUCGGAUAUAAUACUUUCUCCGUCUUCAAUUAUCGUAAAUAUGGUUGGGACAGCAUCUGGUUUGAGAUGUUUUUGUCCACUGAAACUCCAGUGGUUGGGUCUGUUAGCGGUUCAGAACUCACGCUUAAUAAUGUACAGCUUCACCUCAAAAGUGAUUUUACACCUGUUGUCAAUCAUGUUGCCUUUGAUACUUUUGUUAAUGCAGUCAGGAUUGAUCUGGAGACUUUAAAAACAUCAGGAGAUGAGGGGAUGUGUGUGAAAAGGAAUAUGAGAUUAGAGGAAACCAAGGCCCUGAAGGAACUCUCCAAUAACCCUUGUCUGACCAUUAAACCUGCAGACAAGGGUGGAGCAGUGGUGGUCAUGAAUACAACUGACUAUGUGGAUGAGGUAUAUCGCCAACUGAACGAUGAGAAUGUGUAUCGUAGGCUCUCAGGGGAGACUACAUUGGACGUUAAAACAAGACUAAACUAUCACAGAUACUCCUUUAGGAAAAAGAGGUUAGAUCUGCCAGUGUCUAAACACUUCACAGAAGCACGACACACUGAGAAGGACCUGCGCUUCAGGGUCAUUGACCAGGUCGCCAUGCCACGACGGGGGGGUGACAGAUUUUCUUGA